UCCUCGCCGCCGGCGCAGCUGCCUCUGCGCGCGCGGUAGCUAGCUAUGGCGGCAACGGCAGAUCCGCGGGCGAAGCCGCCGGCCGCGCCGCCGCACCACCUCGAGCCGUGGGCGCAUCAGCCACCUGCCGCCCACCGCAUGCCUGUACUCCCCGCCAUAGCCUCGCCAGCGGGUGGCUGCUGCACGGACCGCGAUCGCCGCCGAGCGUCGUUCCACCGACGGGGCGCCGCCGCACAGGUCGUCGGCGAGGAGCCAUACGACGGCGAGAUCGAGGAGCUCAAGGCUAAGCUCAUGGGCCACCUGCGCGACGCCGCCGACCGGCUUCGCGUGCCUCAGACUAGUCCCUCGCUGCCUCCUCCGCCGCCGCCGCCGCCGAAGCCCGCGAGUCCACCGCCGGAGAUAGACUCCGAGCCUGAGCCCGACCCCGAGCUCAGGGCGCCGCCUCCGCCUCCGCCUCCACCGCCGGCCCCGCAGCAGCAGCCACAAGCAGACGUCGCCACGAGGCCGUGGAACCUGCGGGAACGCACGCGGCGGCGCCCCGCAAAGUCGUGGGCCGCGUCGGCGGCGGCGGCGCCGCCCUCGUCGUCGUCGCGGAGGCGACGAAGGCGCGCUCCGUUCUCCGUGUCCCUGACGGCGGAGGAGAUCGAGGAGGACAUCUACUCGCUGACCGGCGCCCGGCCGCGGCGGCGGCCGAGGAAGCGGCCGCGCGUCGUACAGCGGCAGCUCGAUUCGCUGUUCCCCGGCCUGUGGCUGACCGAGAUCACCGCCGACGCAUACCGAGUGCCGGACGACUAGCUCCUGCCCUGCCGGCGCUCCAAGCCCUCCAACUCCAACCACCUCGCUUCAUCGGCUCAUCGCGUCGCAGUCGCGUCUCCUCAUCACAUGAACCGCACCCACCAACUUAGUUCUAUGUCUAGUCGAGUUGGUAGGUCAUAUGUUCCAGGCCCAGGUUUUACAGCGCGUCAAACGGUGUACGUCCCUUCCCCCCGACCUCUUUGUAGUUUGUAGUUUGUACAGCGGUGUGCUUGUGAUCAUCUACUAGUCUAGUACUAGUACUACUAAUUCACCGGCCAUAGUACCUGUGCUCUGCCGUUGUCAUUCA